CGUGGCUCCGCACCUGAGCGGCUCCCGCCCCGCAGUAAGAGCCGAGGCCCGCAUGGAGGAGGCGGGCGGGAGCCGGUGCCCCGCUCCGGAGCAGCUGCGCUAACUCUGGGUGCCCGGCGCCGAGCGCGGACCCGACUCGGCUCGAGCCGCCAUGCAGCCCGCGGCUGCCGCCCGCGGGGACUCCGGCCCCGGCGCCGCUGCACCUGGCGAGCCCCGCGGGCGAGCGCCGUGCGCCGCCGGGCAACAGCCGCAGGAGCCGCCCUGGCUCCUCCAGGAGCUCGGCGCCUUCGUGGCCCGGGCGCUCUUCUGCCUCGCCCCGGUCUACCUGGCCGGCUCCCUGGGGCUGAGCUCGAGCUGGGUGCUGGCGGGCUUGGUGCUGUGGAUGUGGUGGCGGCGGAACCGGCGCGGGAAGCGAGCCCGGCUCUCGGCGGCGUUUGGGCGGCUCGCGGAGGAGGAGAGACACCAGAGCGUCGCUUUCCAGCACCUGCCUGCGUGGGUCCACGCCCCUGAUGUUGAGCGGGUGGAAUGGCUGAACAAGGUCCUUGUGCAGGCCUGGCCGUACUUUGGGACAGUCAUGGAAAAAACAUUUAAAGAAAAAAUUGAACCAAAGAUCAGAGCCAAGAAUGUACACCUGAAAACAUGUACCUUUACCAAAAUUCACUUUGGAGAGAAGUGCCCUAAAAUCAAUGGAGUAAAGACUUAUACUAAGGAAAUUGAUAGUAGACAAGUGAUCCUGGACUUGCAAAUAAGUUAUAUAGGGGACUGCGAGAUUCACAUGGAAGUAUCAAAGUUUAAAGGAGGAGUGAAAGGAAUACAGUUACAUGGAACAUUACGGGUGAUACUGGAACCUCUUAUCACAGAUGUGCCUUUCUUUGGAGCCUUGACAAUGUGUUUUGUUCAAAAACCGCACUUGGAAGUCAAUUGGGCAGGCCUGACCAACCUCCUCGAUGCCCCAGGAAUUAGUUCAAUGUCAGACACAAUAAUCCAAGACCUGAUUGCUGCCCGGCUGGUGUUGCCAAACAGAAUCACAAUUCCACUGAAAAAGAAUAUGAAAAUUUCCCACCUGCGAUUCCCUAUCCCAUAUGGAGUAGUCAGGGUUCAUCUGCUAGAAGCUGAAAACCUUGUCCAGAAAGACCACUUCCGGGGGAAGUCUGACCCUUAUGCUAUUCUUCGAGUUGGCUUGGUGCAGUUCCGAAGCAAGACCAUUCAACGAAAUCUUAAUCCCAUCUGGAAUGAAAUGUCUGAGUUUGUUGUUCAUGAAGUGCCUGGUCAGGACUUAGAAGUGGACUUGUAUGACGAAGAUCCAGAUAAAGAUGACUUUCUGGGCAGCUUACUUAUAAACCUUGCUGAUGUAAUGAAUGACAGAAUUGUUGAUGAGUGGUUUCCCUUAAGUAAGACUGCAAGUGGACACUUGCAUUUAAAGCUCGAGUGGCUUUCAUUAGUAACUGACCAAGAAAAACUACAUGAGGAUAAGAAUGGUCUAGCCACAGCAUUGUUAAUCGUCUAUUUGGACAGUGCUUGCAACCUUCCAAAAAAUCACUUUGAAUACUCAAAUGGUGAAUAUGGUGCAAAGAAGUUAAACCAGAAAUACCUGAAGAAGAUGGACCGAGACCCUUCCUCCUACGUCCAGCUCACAGUGGGUAACAAAAUUCAGAAAAGCAAGACCUGCAACUUCAGUAAAGAUCCUGUGUGGGGCCAGGCUUUCACGUUCUUCGUCCACAGUGCACAGUCCCAGUCGCUUCAUUUGGAGAUAAAAGAUAAGGAUCAGGAGAAUGCACUGGGAACCUUGGUUGUAUCUCUCUCCCACUUGCUAAAGGAUUCUGAGAUGACUCUUGAUCAGAAAUUUCAGCUGGAUCAUUCUGGUUUAGACAGUUUUAUUAAGAUGAAACUUGUGUUGCGGGCCUUGUGCAUCAAGGAACCUGAUCCACAAAGCAACUACACCAGUGUUAAUGCCUUGAAGCAAGUUAUUUUACCGGCAGCAGAGAAGGGAGGAAACCAAUGCAAAAAUCCCCUACCAUCAAAACCAGAACCCUCCAAAAUGCCCCAUGUGAGCAAAGACUCUGGAGUGCCUGAAUCCAAAGAAGCUAAGAAGGAGAGCAAUGCAGAUCUUACUGAAUCUGAGAACCCAGCAGGCCCUGCCGUAAAUGAGACUAUCACUGAGCUUAAUGCACCAGCAGGGGCACAAAAUCUGGAAACCCAACCACUGGAGCCUUUGCCCAUAAGAACACUGGAACACAAUGCCGCCUCCAGGGUUGCUUCACUGGGCUCUCUCGCCUCUUCAUGCUUUGAAUUAGAUCACAGCUAUCCCAACCUUCUUAAUGGAACUAAUCUAACUGCAGUGCUCCUGGGGGAGAUCCAGCUCACUGUCCGAUAUGCCUCUCUGCGACGGAGUCUCAUUGUGAUGGUAAAUAAUUGCAGAAACUUGAUGCCAGCUUCUAAUCGUGGAGUAGAUCCAUAUGUUCGUGUCUACCUGCUUCCAGAUAAAAGAUGGGCAAGCAGAAAGAAGACGACUGUUAAGAAAAAAACACUGAACCCCCAUUAUGAUGAGAAAUUUGAAUUUUUUGAAUCUUUGGAAGAAGUUAAGAAAAGGACACUAGACGUUGCAGUGAAAAAUAGCAUGCCGUUUAUUUCACGUGAGAGAAGGGAAUUGGGAAAAGUGCUCAUUGAUUUGUCAAAGGAAGAUUUAAUCAAAGGCUUUUCACAAUGGUAUGAGCUGAUAGCAGAGAGACGGAGCAGAAGAUGAUGUCCUGUAUCAUGUGCCUUAUAUACAAUGACUAUUUACUCUCUUUAUAUUAAUGUAUAUAUGUAUAUUCUGUAACCUAUUUUAAAACUUCAGAAUAUUGUACCCAAAGCAAGUUGUAAGGUGAAAUGUUUAUAGUUUACCCUUGUCAAUGACUGGCUAGCAUUUUAUAAAAGGCAGGAAUACAAGAAAUUUAAAGCUUCAGAUUUAGACUGGGUCUAAAUGUGUUAAGUACUCAAAACUCAAGCAUUUGUUCCUGGAUUAGUCCUACAAGGCAUAUCUUCAAAGAAACUUUAGUUUCCAGAGUUGAUUCUUCAUUUAAACAAUACCUUUAGUCCCAAGAGUAUAGCAGGGCUGACUUUUUCUUUUAAGAUAGACUUCACUCUCCAGGCUGUCCGUAUCUUAACAGAAUGCAUUAAACUAUAGGAGUUGUAAUGGAGUGUUUCAAAAGUCUAUUUUGCAAGCUGAUAUAUGGAUUGUAAUAGCUUCUAUUUGAGUCACUAAGAGUCUAGAUACUACUGUGCUACCAUUCAACUGUUCAGGAGCUUUUUAUAAAGCUGAUUAUAGGUGCUAUCUGGAAAGAUAUAUAUGUAAUGAGCCACCAAAACAGGGUGAAUAACUGUGCCAAAUUAUCAACAGGGUUUUUAAUGUGUGAUGCUUUAAUAUUGAAAAUUUUAUUACUGUACUUUGUCUUGUGAACCUUGCUAAUAAUGCACAGCCCCCUUAAAAAUAACUACAGUUUUUAUUUAAAGAUG